AAAAGAAGUUAAAAAAUCAACAGUGGUCAACGAUCGAUGCCGCGCGUUUGUUUCCUAGAAUAAAACAAUAACAUUAUCGAUAAAAAAACAAUUUAAUAAUUCCAGUUAUUAAUGAGUGCGUGAUAAGGAAUUAAAGUUAGUCGCAAACGAAGGUUACAAGCGUAGGUUUUACCGCGAAAUGAGAUAUGGUUAUUUGUUAUUUCUCUACAUUUGUUAUGUGGCUUCAAAUAGUGAUAAAGAGGCUGAAAUUGAGGACAGGAAAAGGAGGAUAAUUGAGCAACUGACCAGCACACGACCUGUAAUCUUGCCAGGGUACCAGUUGGUGACGAGGCAUGUUGGUAUCGAUGUUUACAUGUACAGAAGCUAUCGGACAGUUGCAGUGGUUUUUUAUCCAGUUACGAACGAUAUAAGUGAUGCACGAUUCACUUUUCAAUGUGAGGAGCUCCAUUUAAAUAAUAUAGGAUCAUGUAGUCCCCAAGAAGUAACCAUCCACCUAAAACAAGGCUCGUACCCAGCAGUGAACCCUGAUGGAUACGACUUCCCCAAGAGCUUUCUAAAUUCUGCAUUAAGAGAAGAGACUAUCCAUACAUUGGAACUAUUGUCCGAUGGGACCAACACGACGUAUUCAAUGCGAAAUCCUAAGCCGGGUAUUUGGUACGCAUUGGCGUAUAUAAAGUGGCAGGAUCCGAGAGCACAGAAGGUUGAACAGGAAGGUCUAGUAGCGGAUUGCCACACAAUCUUGUACACCGAUCUCCAAGUCAAAGAAGACGCGUCUUCUCGAUACACAAAUUGUUACAAAAGUGUAACAGUAGACUAUGCCACUUUACCAGCACUGUACAAAUGCCGAGCUAAUGACGACGUAGAACCAAUUAGACUAGACUUAAACAUUAUCAACACAACCAUUAACAGUGAAAACAUAACGGUUAGAAUACAAUCAGAAUCAUUACCAACAGAUGAUGAUUAUCUUAUCUACUGCGCAUUCGAUCCUAGAUUAAAUAAUAAACAGAUAAUUAAAUUCCACACCCACCCGACUGCAGCACAUUUUAUAUAUCUGGACAUAGUUGAAGGGAACACCUCAAACAUUGCCGAUUGCGAGUCGUAUGCGCUCCCAGAUUUUGAUGACGCCGAAAACAAAUCCUUAACAGAUCUGAUGAGAGAUGAUAAGGACAGAUUUUUUACUUUCGCCUAUGGCUUACCGACUACUGAUUUGCAGGACGUAACUAGUCUAGUAAAUUUGACGUCCAAUGAAAUAAGAGCUUUGAGGUUCGAAGUAAACCAAUUCAUAGAUAUAGGUGGAAGCUUAGAAAUUGAGGCGAGUCUUGUAAUGAGUAUUAAGUAUUACAUGGGGUACAAGAGAGAGCUAAUGAAAGGAUCUCUGCUCGGUUUUACGGAGGAUAACCAGUUUUUCAAGGUCGUUAUUUGCUUGAACGUUGGCCAUGCGAGCGUGCCAUUACAAUCUGGGCAUUGCAAGUUCAACGAUCGAAUGUCAAAGGCGCUCUUCGUACUGAAUAGUACAGAUUCAGAUUCGAUAUACGACAAAAUGGUUAUCCCGUAUCCUGAGGGAGGGUUGUGGUAUCUGUCUAUGCGUUUAUUCUGUGAUAGCGUCGUUUGUCCUUGUCGCACAUCGAGUGACGGAAAGAGUUAUUACGUUGAAACGACAGAGACGGAUGAUGUUGACUCGACCACGUUUUCUAAUGUGACAAGGGAAGGAGAGACGGAGUGUAACGCGACAGUGUUGCUGUCUCUGACUUCCUCUUCCUGUGUGAGCGGGAAAUGCAGUAACAAUGGCAACUGUGGGCUGAAUACCUUCAGCGGGCUGGUGAUGUCAUUUUGUUCGUGCUCUGCAGGAUAUGGAGGUUGGGACUGCUCAGACGAUUCAAGAAUGGACAGCCGCGCCUACAUGCUAGGAUCAAUUUUCCUACUAACCCUUAGCAAUUUACUCUUCAUAUUCUCCGUAUACGUCGCGUCAAUAAGACUUUACUACGUCGAAGCUGUUAUGUAUGCCUUAACAAUGUUAUUCUCCACUUUCUACCACGCGUGUGACGCACCCACUCAAGUAGCGUAUUGCAUAAUGCGAGGUAAUAUCUUACAGUUUGGAGAUUUCUACUGCGGACUUAUGUCGUUCUGGGUAACCCUUCUAGCCAUGAGCAUAAUCAGCCUAAGAUUACGGUCGUUCCUACAAAUCAUAGGUGCAAUCAUAAUAGCCUUACUAACCACUUGGAAUAUGCAUUCCAUUGUAGCAUUUCUAUUACCAGUUGCAUUCGGUGCUUUCGUAUUAUUAGCUAGCUGGUAUUGGGAUUAUAGGAAAACUAGAUUUUUUCGAUACCCCAAAUCUUAUUACUCGAUAUACAUGCCGUUGGGGCUAAUUUUAGUGUCUGUUGGUUUGAUUUGUUACGCGUUUUUACAAACGGAGCAGAAUUAUAAGGUAGUACAUUCUAUAUGGCAUAUGAUUAUAGCUGUAAGUGUUGUGUUUUUGUUGCCCGAUAUCAGGAGGCGCGGGGAAAACCCGUUUGUGCCGAGUCGGGAGUGUUUUAAAUCGCCAUUUUAUAGUUAUUUUCAACGUAACCGACCACAAAGUCCGUAAUGUUAGUUUUCAAAUUGGUGUCCAUUGUCGAUUAUAAUAUUAUUAAAGACGAAUUAAUUUAAUCUUAGUAAAGGUAUCUAAUAAAAGACAAAAAUUUGUCAGAUAAAACCAAAUAGGUGAUGUGAAAAAACAUUUAAUACCGACUGGUUAUAAUCAUUUCAUUCGGAAUUCUCGUCGGUAUAAUAUGCACCUAUUGCGAAUCUUUCCAUCGAAAUAUCGUACAUGUUUGGGAGAGCAAUUAAACGACGGAAAUUACCUACUUUAUACUUACAUAAAACUAAAAGCAGUAAUAAAACAAAUUGACAUGUUUAGAGUUGUGCCAUCUCUUUUAUAAUAUUUCCUUAGGAAAAGGAUAGAUAGCAUUAUCUUUUAGACUGUUUUUUUUUUAGUUUAUUGUCUGGAAAAAACUCUCUUGUUCUAUUUAAAAAAAUUGUACUUUUACUAUCAAUUAAUAGGUAAUUUUUCUAUACAAAUAAGGUGCAACCUUUUAUAUUUUAGGUAUAAGAUUUAAGUGUUAACUCAAACUUUAUAUGAAAAUAGGUUUCCUAGUCAAAAAGUAACUUGAACAAAUUAUAUUUUUACUCUAUAUAGGUAGACGAUUUUAAUGUUGAAUUUGUUUAGACUGAAUUUAAAAUUUAUCGUGACAAUAUUAGAAUACCUAAUACUCAUUAUGAUGCUCAUAGGAUAUUAAAGCUGAACUCAUAUUACCAUGCCGUGGCGUAAAUAGAGGCAUAAAGGCACUGCUUACCAUAGCUAAAAAUAGCUUAAUGCUCGUUUUUGGUUAUGACCUGCCAGAUAAAUAGAUAUAUGUACUUCCCUAAUGCUUCAAACACUGUGAACGCCACUGCAUAUUAGUGCAUGCCAUUCGCCACUCCUUUUUUCACGACUGCCUAAAUAAGAAGUGUAAUAUUUCAUGGUGUGAGUUUUUUAUUCCACCAUAACUUCUAAAUGCCUGAAAAGAUUUGGAAGUUAGAAUCCUUACAUCAUCCCGAGUGACACUUGCUAUAUUUUUUAUUGAAAAAAAAAAAAAACAAAAUGGUGCCUAUAUGGCGCCAUUUUCAAAGAACUCGAUUUAGUUCGUUUUUUAGCAGUGCAGUUGUGUUUUUAAUUUUUUUAUUUACGUGGUUUAUUAUUUUAUUGCUGUUGGCGUAGGGAAGUUUGCAUUAAUAUGUGAUCAGCAUUAUAAAUAAAUGUGAAUUUUAAAAUGUGAACACUAUUCUAUUUAAAACAGUUAUGCUAAGUGCAAUAUAAUUCCGUGUUCCACAGAGAUUAUUUAUGUAAAAAAAUCACAAUAUUACUUUUAUACAAUGUAAUCCUAGGUAUUAGUUAUAAUUUCUAUAAUCAGCUGUUGAUUCUAUAGAUUUAAGUUUUCUUUUGCUUAAAAAGCAUUCUUUACGCUUUUUAACGGACGGUACUAAAUCAUAGGCACGGUUUUAUAAAUACAAGAAACUUAUUCAUAGUUGAAGUAUGUAAUCAAUUGUUGAUAGGUAUACCGUUUCACUGAGACGUCUCGUGAGGCAGGGCACAAAUUGUGGGAGGAUGCAUAGUUCGCGACAGGUCGACAUGGCAAUCGAGACGCGAUGUAAACCCGCACAGCCGCUGCACUAACCCCGGUGCGGCAUAGCGUGGGUGUGCGGGGCGUCCCUCCCGCCUCAUACCCCGUUUGCCAUGUCGACCUGUCGCGAACUAUAACUAGUAUCCCACCGAACUUUCGGCUUCAGUUUCGGCUCAUUCAAGCGGUACCUAUUGUCUACAAUUCAUAUUUUUUGUCAAA